CCGACGCCAUCUGCUGAAAAGACACCAAUGUCCCCCACUGGGUUGCCACCACUAGUGGGACCUUACAACCGAAUAUCACACACGAUGAUGCCUUCUUCGGGAGGUGCGAGAAUGCCAACAUCUUCAGCAGGAACAACGGCAGGGCCAGUUGUACAAGAUCAAGAACCAUGUACUUCUAGCCCUUCACCAACAGCAACAGGGCAUCAAGGAUCAGGACGAUCAUCAGAGCAAGCUACCCUAUUACAGGGGAGUAGACCGAGGGUCGAUGCUCCUCCUGCUCCACCGACGUUACGCGCCGAAGUUUUUCUACAGCCCCUGAUUCCUCCGGUCCCUCAGACGACGGCCCAGCUCUACUUACAAACCGGUAUCUUUUCACCACGAAAUGAUCAGGAGGAGGCGUGAGGAACAAAUAUCUAGACCUUUCAUCUCUUUGUCGCUUCUUUUAGAAGGAGAGACUCCCUAGACACGUACAGCAGAUAUAGAGACUUCCGAAGUUGUGUUACUUCUGUCUAGUGAAGAAGAGCCAGUGGCACAACUUCUGUCUGGUGACGAGCCGCACAAAUUCUCGAACAAUCUGAAUCCGUUAGCAGGGACAUCUUUUUUAAUUUCAAUGGCCGCUGCGUCAGCGUCAUCUUCUUCUUCAAGAGGUAAUCGAGCAGAGAUACCGCCACCACCAGGACUGACGCUUACUCAAAAUCAACAGGGAAGUUCUUCUGCUAGCGCGACCAUAACUUCUAGCGCUGCAGCUGCCAUUGGAAUUCAAACUUGUGGUGCUGUAGGAGACGCAGUAAAUUAUAAAUCUUCAGCGCAGUAUAGUAGACAGAAAUUUAGGUGGUGUAAAAUUUUUUAUAAUCAUCAGUGAUAGAAGAAUCGAGAGGACGAGGAGGACCUUGUUCCACGUCGCUAUCUUCGGAUCGUCGGCGGGAGGGCGGGUGGAGUUCAGUUAAGUACAAGUAGCAGCUUAGAUAUUACUUGAAAGAACUUGCAUUGGGAAUUUGUCACCAAGGUUCGCAUCUUCACCAAUUUUCCUAUUUAAGUUAAAGUUUACUGUGUGGUCACCUCAAGUGGUGCAUACUGUUAUUGUGGGUCGUUAAAUGCGUCAUAUUCAUCGGCUGCGUGCUAGCUAGUUAAUUUGAAGUUUGACGGUGUCAUUAAUUCAAAUGAACGACCUACCACUCUUUCAACACUCUCUAGGCCCUGCCGUAGCCACUUUCGCCAGAGUCAUCGCGUCGUGGAUGGUCGUAGACGUGUCUUGGAUGGCCGUGGUUCUCAUAUUUCAGACCCCCCAAGGUCCCGGUUGUGAUCAUAAAAAAUCGUGCUAGGUAGUUAAUUUGAAUUUGUUUGGCAUGCUGAUCAUUUUGUCGUCGUCAUAAGAACGGAAAGUCGCUCCGCUUCUGCACGCCAGCGAGUGACGUUAUACUCUAAGCAUCCAAAAAACUACGGGUUUUCAACCCUUGGUACCUACGACCCUACAUUAAAAAAUUUUAGUUGACUCCCAUAGCUGCUAUGAUGGGCCGCGACGACAUGACUUGCCGGUCGCGUCGUGAAUUCCUCUUGGGCGCCGCCUCUUUAGCGCUAUCUUCGCAGAAAAAACUAAUCGAAAACAUAAAAUAUGCGAGUAACAAACACGAUAACCGAGUAUCUGUGAUUAAGUUAUCAUCUUCUAGGCUACUCGGUUAUUCCAACAUUUUAGGAACAGAUAAGAAGGAGACGGAGACGUAUUACAAAGCAUAGACAUGAUCAUGGUUUGAUUUUUUUUGCAAAAAUUCUAAUUUUUUGCGUUUCUAAUACAGUAGUGGAGGUGCGUGGUAGGUUGCGUAUACUUAUCUAAUUAUUUUUGUCAAUUUUUAGAGAUGCUACACCCCAUAAGUGGGCACAUCACAUGAGUCAAUCAAUAUCAGACUACAGGUGACUUGUUGCUGAGAGCAGUAAACCAUGAUCCAAGAGGUUGCAGACUCCUGUGGCGCAGGUCGCACACUACCCGUGGCAGGAUGCCUCUGUACGCCUUUUGAGGGAUAAUUUUGAGAUUGUAAACUACUUACUGAUACUUAGAUGAUCAGCAUUGAAAGAAUGAAGGAGCAGGUAACGGUAAGUUUCAUCUGAGGUGCAACUUCGACAUCAUCUUUGUUAUCUAGGAUGGAUUAAGUAGCUAGAUUAAUAGGAUGGAUUAAGUAGAAGUUGUAUUGAAAAAAAAGCGUAUUGAAAACAGUUAGUUCAUAAAGACCACAAUUUUUAUGGACCACGAUGAAUGCUCUGAACAUUUUAAUGAUAAUGUAGUGCAGUUGUUGAAUGAACAAAACAGUGUGUAGGUUCCUUCGAUGACAGGUCUUCCCUUCACUACAAAUAAAGGAAUCUCUGAGUUUCCUGAAAUUUUCUAGAUCUAAAUGGUUGAAGUUCAAGGUUCUUGAAAAUAUUGCAAUUUCGAAUGAUUUUUAUCGACCAUUUAAAGGCUGCACAUGAGACAAUCAAUCAAUGCAGGCCGCUUAUGAUUACGAUCAUUAAGUGUGGUCUUGUGUUAAGAAGAUGAAGAAAUCUGUUAAUUGUUAUGCAGCCUGAUGAAACUUGUAGUUGGCUUGUUAUACACACGUGAGUGAGUGUGAAAGUCACUCUUUGGAUUUUACUAGGAGUUUGCAGAAAGGGGAGGUGGUGCAACUUCCCUUGAACAAGGUCACGACUUAUUAAUCAUAGGGUUAGUAGCUCACACUCGCAUCCUAUUUACUAGGACUUUGUAAAGCUCAAGCUUCGUGGCCAGAUUCUCCUAGUCCAUGCCGAUGAUAUGGUACAUUUUUUUUUGGGUACGCUUCUCGUGCAACAUCUUCUCGACGAUGAAUAUUCAUGCUGCACACACUACUCACCAUCCAUGUACUACACGGUAUGCAUGCACACGGUACUACUUGUGGUAGGACUUCUGCAUGUGGUGAAAAGCACCAAGUGUUCGAUCCAACAGUCUGCAAAGUCGUACAAUCAUUUCCUCCUGCAAAUUCUCCACGU